AGCCUGUCAGACCCGGACAUAGUCCUAUUUACGAAUGUAAUCACUUCAGUAAUCCCCGAUAUCGCCACAUACUGACUCAAGUAACAGGCUUGCUACCGUAACACGUCGCCGUCGCUCCGCUACUGAUGUCGUGGCAUGUCGAUACUGGCGUAUGAAGGUGUGCAGGCAGCUGUGUCUUUAAGACGGGGGAGGGGCUCCAGUAUGGCAACACGCACGGGCCGAGCCGAGCCGUUCCGUCACGAUCCAUUCAUAAAUUAGUCACUGCAGGAGGAAGUGCAGUCACAAGGGAUGAUUAAUUUCGAGACCUGUGUGUGUGGAAAUGUUUGGCACUCGUCUCUGAGGAGAUCCUGGCUGUGAAAACUCCUCCGAUUCGCCCAAUUAGCGCAUCUGAGAGAGAGAGACGGGCAGGAGCCGACUGCCUGCUCCUCUCCAAUCAUGAUUUGGUGCGCUGUGCUCCAGGAAGCGGAGCUCUAGCUGUGCGUUAACAUAGGAAACUGAAGCUGCACUUUUUUUUUUUUUGAGUGCGAUCGCACUGUACUUGCAAAAUCCUCUCCAGCUUCCUCCUAUGUCUCUGUUGCUCUGUGGCUCUGGCUGGGAGGUCGCUGAAGUACAAUUAAUGGAACCGUGAACUAUGGCAGCGAAAGACGAUCUCUACACCAAAAUCGUCCCGCGGAGGCAGCGCCAGAACCGUCCGGGAACAGUGAAGCAUGGGUCCAACCUAGACGUGCUCCUGUCCAUGGGCUUUCCCAAAACCAGGGCGCAGAAGGCUCUGGUGUCGACAGGAGGCAGGAGUGUCCAGGCUGCCUGUGACUGGCUGUUCUCCCAUGUCGACGAUCCCUUCCUGGACGACCCCCUGCCCCGGGAGUAUGUGCUGUACCUGCGCCCCAGUGGUCCCCUGCUGCACCAGCUCUCCCACUUCUGGCAGCAGUCCCGGCUCACCUGCGGCAAGAACAAGGCCCACAACAUCUUCCCCCACAUCACGCUGUGCCAGUUCUUCAUGUGUGCAGACAGCAAGGUGGAGGCCCUGUGUGAGGCGCUGCAGUCCACGGUGUGUCAGUGGAGAGGCCGCUUCCCCUGCCCCCUGCCCCUGGAGCUCUACACCUCCUCCAACUUCAUCGGCCUCUUCGUGGAGGAGCAGUGCGCCGAGGUGCUGAAGAAGUUUGCUGCAGAUUUUGCCACUGAGGCUGCCAGCAAAGCAGAUGUCCGCGUGGAGCCCCAUAAGAAGCAGCUGCAUGUCACCCUGGCCUACCACUUCCAGACCGUCCACCUGCCUGCCCUUGAGAAGCUGUCCAAGGGCAUCGACGUCUCCCUGGGCUGCGACUGGCUGGCCGUGCUGUUCUCCCGUGACAUCCGCUUCGCCAAUCACGAGACCUUGCGGGUGAUGUACCCCUACGCCCCACAGAACGAGGACGAGCUGGAGCUGGUGCCUGGAGACUUCAUCUUCAUGUCCCCGGUGGAGCAGACCAGCACCAGUGAGGGCUGGGUGUACGGCACCUCCCUGAGCUCGGGGCUGUCCGGCCUGCUGCCCGAGAACUACAUCAUGAGGGCCGACGAGUGCGACACCUGGGUCUUCCACGGAUCCCACUCCUUCCUGAACUGCACCUCCCCCUCGGGCGCGGCCGGGGUGUGUGAUGGGUUACUGGACGGCCGGAUGCUGGAGGAGCCGGGUCCGGGAGAGCCCCCCACCCUCAGUGUAAUCUGUCAGCCAAUGCAGGUCCUGAGGGUGAACAGCCAGUCCCGAAUGCCCAAGCGCUGCCUGUUCGUCUGUCGCCAUGGCGAGCGGGUGGACGUGGUGUUUGGGAAACACUGGCUCUCCCAGUGCUUCGACGCCAAAGGCAGAUACGUGCGCAUGAACCUGAACAUGCCCUCCGGCCUGCCCGCCAGGAUUGGGGGUUACAGGGACUACGACAAGGACGCUCCCAUCACCGUGUUUGGAACCACACAGGCUCGGCUCGUGGGAGAGGCGCUGCUGGAGAGCAACACGGUGAUCGACUUUGUGUACUGCUCGCCCUCGCUGCGCUGCGUCCAGACUGCACACCACAUCCUCAGAGGGCUGCAGCAGGAGGGGAAAAUGAAGAUCCGUGUGGAGCCGGGCUUGUUCGAGUGGACCAAGUGGGUGUCGGGCACCUCGCUGCCCGCCUGGAUACCUGCUGCUGACCUGGCUGCCGCCAGCCUCAGUGUGGACACAGCGUACAGACCUCAUAUUCCAAUCAGCAAGCUGAGCGUUUCUGAAUCGUAUGACACUUACAUCAGUCGCAGUUUCCAAGUGACUAAGGAAAUCCUGUCCGACUGCAAGGGCAAAGGUAACAACGUACUGAUCGUGGCCCACGCUUCCUCCCUGGAGGCCUGCACUCGCCAGAUCCAGGGCCUGAGUCCCCAGAACUCCAAGGACUUUGUACAGGUGGUGCGGAAGAUCCCCUACCUGGGCUUCUGCGCCUGUGAGGAACAGGGGGACACGGGGGUGUGGCAGCUGGUUGACCCCCCCAUCCUGCCCUUGACACAUGGACCCAAUCACAGCUUCAACUGGAGAGAGACCCUGCUGCAGGAGUGACCCAGAACCACGCACACGAGCUCUUCCCAGGCUCCUGCCACCUGCUGUCCACCUGUCUGUUCCAGUCUCCCAGUAUUUGCCAAAACCUCAGUCAGGGCAUGACAUCCACUAAGGCUGUGUGGAAAUGUAUCCAUAUGUGUAUGUAUAUACAGAUAUACUGUAGAGGGGAACACCUCUACAGCAUGGCGAUUCUGCAGUGUAGUCCAGUUAUAUAUAUACACAUACAGUACACAUAAUCACUUCUGUACUUGUGGUAACUAAAGCAAAGGCUGGGUGAAGGUCCUUCACUUUCCAUCUGCAUGGAGAGCAGCACUGAAGCUAAGAGUUUAUGGACCCAUUCUGGGUUCUGGGCUGCAGCGCCAACUGCGGACACCCCUGGGUGAAGCCCAUGUUAACGCCCCCACUGUCAGUGCUGCAGCCCUGCGAGGUGAAAUCCAGUGGCUGUUAGUCUGAGUCUUUCACUGGGUGUCUCCUGUGGCUGUCGGCCAACAGGAGGGUCAUCUCAGACUCGCAGCCAGACUCGCAGUCUUCACAGAAGCAACACAGGGCUUUGCGUGGGUAGAUCUGGGGCUCGUUCCCAUGCAACAGGCGUGAGCUUGCUGGUUGUUGUGGCCACCUGGUGUCAGGGCUGUCAUUUGACCAGUGGAAUGUCCUCUCUCAGGAUGAUUCCAUGUCACCGUUCAGCAAAUGGUUCAGCACUUACAGUCAGUUAGGAUAAGGCACUGCAGCUGCAGUAAUCUCACAGUGCAUGCAACUCUGAUUAAUGAUUUUGUUCCACGUACAACUGACUCCAGUCGUCUCCUGUGAUGGAUCAGUAGAAACAUGAAAUGCAAGGAGGAGGUACAUAAAUAAUGAAUCAACCUGAUUGCACGCCCCUACCUGUAUCCUACCUAAAACCGAAUCAAUUUAUAAAGUUAAAAGCCUAACCUGAGUAGAAAGCAGCUGAGCCCUGAAAAGCACAAACUACAAUCUGACUUGAGCUGACAAAGACAGAUACCCAGAAAAUUGCAUUAUUCUGUGCAGCAGCAGGACUUCCACUGCGGGCUGGUGACGUGUCCCUGGCUGACCGCAUGUUGACCUGGUGACACCCAGUCCUACAUCAUUACACAUGGCGUGAGGUCCAGUGAGCGCUGUCUGUGGGUGAGGCAGGUGACCAUCUUGACCUGCAGCUGUAAACCACUGCUGGUCACAUACAGUACAGUCAAUAACCGUCAGCGUAGCCCGGUGCCCUGCUUACCUGGCCUGGCUUUUCAUCAUCGGACAUUCAGAAAGGGUGCGAUACGGACUGCCUCCUUUGCGAUGGCUGUUUUCACUCCUGGUACCUGCUGAUGGUCUCCGCCUUUCCCGGGGGUCACCUCCUGCCAGGGGUGCAAACAUCUGCUUAAUGUCAAAAUGUGUAACCGAUGCAUUUCAGAGCGAGUGAUUUAAAUUGUUUAAAAUAUUUCAAAAGAUAUGAUUAUUUAUUUAGCCUGUCUGCCCUGUCAGUGUGUCUUCAGGUCGUUAGCUUACUCGAUGGCAAGGUGGGAGCUCCAAGCCUGCUGCUCCGCGCUCUGCCUGGUGCUUCUGCUUCCUCCAGGCUCAGAGGGCUCAGAGGGACCCGGCUGUGGCUCCCUACACUAGUUUAUCCCCGGUCUGACCUCCGAGGCUGGAUCAUGCCCUGCUGUUCUCUGUGCACUGCAACAGUGUGUGUUGUCCUUGCAGGUUGUUCUGAAAUGUGAAAAGGUCAACGUAGGGUGCCAAAAUUCACCUUGCUUGCCAUAGGUUUGCGGAAAACAAGCACAGUCCCCUUAGAGGGUUCUAAGUGGGACAUGAAGUUUAAAGGUUUCUAAUUUUACCGUGCCUUCACUGUGCUUCCCCAUGCAGGAGCACACGUGUAGCGUGAUGUACUGUAGUAAACAUUGGAUAUCUGUUAUGGAGCACGCAAUCCCCAAGAGGCCACUGAGGUGUAUGGAGCAGCUUGAACGUCUCUCACUGCUUCUUCAGGGAACGACGUGCUGGCAGAUGAGACAUGAGAAUAACAUGCCUCCUUCACACUAAGAGUCGCAAGGAUCUGCGUCCAGCAAGGCAGGCUGCCCCACAGAUGCUGAUGCGCUGAGCUCCUUCCGGGAAGGUUCGGGGCGCUUCUGCGGUCUGCACGAGCGAUGGGGCCAGCAGGCCUCCUCCUGUGACCUGCGUCCUGCUUGCAGGAGGUCAAACGUUAAUACAUGGGGUGUGACACAGCACGAGGGGAGAUGUGGGCUGCGGUCGCUAACCAGUUUUCAAAUAGGAAGAUUGCACCGGCUGAACAACGAGGAAAUGCUGAGCAGCCUGAACAGGAUCCUGCCUCAGCACUGGAAAAAAGCUGCACAGCAUUGGACUCUGCUCCAGAGCUGAGAGAGGAACCCCACUCCGAGUGACCGGCUGCCUUGUUGUAGCACUGUCUCGCCUCUGCUCUCCUUCCUCUUGGGCGUGCAAACCCAGCUUGGACUGUCUGUUCUUUCAAGAGUUUCUUCGAGACAGAGAGGCACCGCUCUUGCACUGGUGUGGUUUUCAUCGUCUGUAUCGGUCAAUAUCGGCAUCCCGCAUUCACGGCUGCGUGUGCCCUCUGUCCUGUCGUCCCCUUCGCCUCCUGGUUCCUGUCCUCUUGUCUGCAGAGCAGAAGCCUGGCUCCUCCUGCGGUCAGCCAGGCAGCUCCCCAGGCUCUGCAGCGCUUUGCAUGUGUCCGGCCAGAAACGCGCCGCAGUGAACGAGCGAAACUAAAACCGUACGCAAAACACGAAGCUGAUACAAGGCAAGUCUCUACUUGACAAAGUCCUCUUCUUUGAAAAAGAAUUCAUGCUUUAUGUAUUUAAAUUAUUGUCUUCAUUUUUAUGCAAUUAAAAAGGUCAAAAAUGUGUUUCUAAAGAA